AUGGUGCUGCGUAAAAUCUUUCCGAGCAUGUACAGCCAGUCGGAUGAAGUGCCCGCUCGCUCACGCAAUGCCACGCUGUACUUGCUGCGCUGCGUCUUUCUCAUGGGCAUACGCAGGCCGCCGCAGCAUUAUCUGCUUGCCUACUGCUUGUGGUCGCUGGCGCUGAAUCUAAGCUCCACUUUCUAUCAGCCGCUGUCCAUACUCACUGCGUAUAUCAUACACAUAUCGGAGUUUACGCCAGGCGAGUUUCUAACCUCGCUGCAGGUGGCGUUCAAUGCCUGGUCGUGCUCCACAAAGGUAAUUAUUGUUUGGCUGCUGGUCAGGCGCUUCGAUGCAGCCAACGAUAUACUCGACGAGCUGGACGCGCGCCUGAGCACGCCCGGCGAGUAUGCAAAAGUGCAUCGCGAGGUGGCGCGCAGCAAUGGCAUCUUCUUUGUCUUCAUGACCGUCUAUAUGGCCUAUGCCACCAGCACGUUUCUGGCUGCUGUCGCCAUCGGCGUGCCCAUGUAUCAGAACUAUUAUCCGUUUCUGGACUGGCGUGCCAGCAAGUGGGAGUAUUGGCUGUAGUCGGCGCUGGAGUACUUUGCCAUGCUGGGUGCCUGUUUUCAGGAUGUUUGCGUCGACUGUUAUCCCAUUAACUAUGUCCUGCCGCUGCGUGCGCAUAUGGCCAACUUUGCGGAUCGCUUGCGGCAGCUGGGCAGCAAUCCCGACGAAACGGACGAGCAGCGCUAUGAGCAGCUGGUCAAGUGCAUUCAAGAUCACAAGGUUAUACUGCGCUACUGCGACACUUUGCGUCCGCUCAUCUCUGGCACCAUCUUUGUCCAGCUGCUUGUUGUCGGCUUGGUGCUGGGCUUUACCAUCAUCAACAUUGUGAUGUUUGCCAAUUUUGGCUCACGCAUUGCUGCGAUUUCUUUUAUGGUUGCUGUGCUUUUGGAGACUACGCCAUUUUGUAUACUCUGCAAUUAUCUGGCGGACGACUGCGUCAAGUUGCAGAAUGCGCUCUUCGAAUCCAAUUGGAUAUAUCAGCAGCGGCGCUAUAAGAUGACGCUGCUGCAGUUUCUGCAAAAUCUACAAAAGCCCAUUGUAUUUAUGGCUGGCAAUGUGCUCACCAUUUCUGUAGGCACCAACAUCAAUGCCACCAAAUUCUCAUUUUCUGUCUUUACGCUGGUCAAGCACAUGGAUAUAGCUGAAAAGUUAGCCAGACCGAAGCAUGUGGAAUAA